GGUGGUACUAAACCCGCAGCUUGCUCCGUGUCGAUGUGCGUAGUUGGGCUCGUAUGGAAAUUCCCUAGAGGCCCAAAAAAGGGAUAUAAGGGCUAAAGCCCAGAUAUCUGGCUUCGGAGGAAACAAACCCGGAGCUUCUCUUUCCCUGAAAAAAAACGGAGAUUCAGCCUCGCCUCCGAUGGCCACACCGCCGGCGGCCACCGCCACCAAUUCCGCGCCAACGCCACCGAAGCCUCCGUACAAGGCUCCACCGUUUUCUCAGCCCCCUUCCACCGCUGGCGCUGGCAAGACGGAGACCCCUGCCGCCUCCACCUCGACCGCCGCCGCCGCCGUAGUCGCAGCAGUCGCCGCCACGGGAGCUGCAGCCGAGGAGCCAUCGUACAUCAUCACCGUCCCUAGCUACUCAGCGUGGUUCUCGUAUGACAGCGUCAGCGACACGGAGCGCCGCCUCAUGCCGGAGUUCUUCCAAGGGGAGGCUGCGGCGGCCUCUGGAUCCCGCGGCCCCGAAGCAUACAAGUACUACCGUGACACCCUUGUGAAGAGGUUUCGGGUCAGGCCAGAGCGGCGGCUCACUCUCACCGAGGCCAGGCGGGGCCUUAUCGGCGACAUUGGUUCUGUGCGCCGUGUGUUUGAUUUCCUCGAGGAAUGGGGGCUCAUCAACUAUGGUGUUUCGCUGCCAGGAGUGAAGCAGGGGAGAGAUAAGAGGGAGGAGCCGGUGGCACCUCAGUCUUCAUUGCCUGCUGGGGUAUCAGCACCUAAGAAGCUUUGCAUAGGGUGCCGCACCGUCUGCGGACAAGCCUAUUUCACCUGUGAAAAGGCAGAUAUAACUAUCUGUUGUAGAUGUUAUGUGCGUGCCAACUACCGACCUGGUCUUACUCCAGCUGACUUCAAGAAAGUUGAAACUAGUGAAGAUGCAAAAUCUGAUUGGACAGACAAGGAAACUCUUCAUCUGCUUGAGGCCGUCAUGCAAUAUGGAGAAGACUGGAAGAAGAUUUCCGAGCAUGUUGGCAGUCGAUCCGAGAAAGACUGCAUUGCUAGACUCUUAAGAUUACCUUUUGGAGAACAGUUCAUGGGACCUAAGGAGGACAAAAUGCAGUUUGAGACCGAUGAUGAUAUUACUGAUGAAUCUAGAGCAGAGAUCUCAAAACGAGUUCGUCUCACGCCACUGGCAGAUGCUAGUAAUCCAAUUAUGGCUCAGGUUGCGUUCUUGUCGGCCAUUGUUGGUUCAGAUGUUGCUACAGCAGCAGCUCAAGCAGCUAUUUCUGCGCAGUCCCAGGUUGAUGAGACAAAUGAUAGCCCAGCUGAUUCCUCAAUUGGCAGCCCCAAGGAAGAAGUGUCCUCUGCAGAAUCUUGUUACACAAAUGGGUUUUCAGCCAACGAUUUGCUCAAAGAGGCAUCUGCUAAUGCACGAGUGCAACUUGAAAAGGAACGGAAGGAUAUAGAGCAAUCUUUAUCCGAUAUAGUGGAUGUGCAGAUGAAGGAAAUCCAAGCUAAGAUAUGCCGUUUUGAACAGAAGGAGCUGCUGAUGGAGAAAGAGAGGCAGCAGCUCCAUUAUUUACAGAAAUUGCUUUUCGCCGAUCAACUUGCGGUUGUGCAGCAUCAGUGCAGACCCCAUGCUGUGACUGCUGAGAACGAGGCUGAUGAGAAUCCUAAACCUGUUCUCACAAGCUAAAAUCAGAUCAACUUUCUCCGAUACCAUGGGAGUGCUGUGAGAAUUGUAACUAUGUUCCUCUUAUGUCAACAUGGGACAUCAGUAUUGCUGGAUUCCUUAACUAAAUUUCAUCUCCUCUAUUGAUGUAUCUGUAGUAUAUUAUGUUUGUUCGUGCAUGCAUCAGCCAAUGAACUGAGGAUGUCUACAAAAUUUCUUGAUAGCACAACUAAUGAAAUUUUGAAAAUGGUGUUCUUUCUCGUCCAAGUAAUGAAUAAAAAUAUGGGCUA